AUGUCACCUGCCCAAAAUUUAUGGCUAAUCAUCCACACACUGCUCUUGCUCUCCCUUACUUCCUCCCUCCAUGCUAUUCCGAGUAUCAUCCCCAUGAAUGGGUCGUGUUUUGAUUCGUGUGGCAGCGUUCGCCUUAAGUUCCCCUUUGGUUCAGGAUUUGGCUGUGGCCAUCCUGAUUUUUCUAGAUACAUGAAGUGUAGCUCCGGGACACUCCAGUUCUCUACUGGAAGUGGGAUUUACAGCAUUUCCUCAAUAGACUACACUACCAACACUCUAAUUCUCACAGACCCUUUCAUGUCAACUUGUUCUUCAAUGCAGAAUUCAGGAAGCUUUAGCUUAGAUCGCGGCAGCCCAUUCAGCAUCGAGGCGAAUAAUCUCUUUGUUCUGCUAGGGUGCUCCACGACAUCCCCAGUGUUUGAUCCCAAUGAAGAUUUAUGCGAUACAGGGUCAGGUUCUCGAGUCUGCAGAGGUCUGUAUUCCUGCAAAGGGGUGACAGGAAUUGGAUUGGGACCAAAUGCACCAACUUCUACUUGCUGUGUUUAUGAUCCUCCUAUUGCACUUGGUUCGGAUUAUGGACUUGAUCUUCCUAAGCUACAAUGCUCAUCUUAUACGUCGAUUUAUGGGUUUGGAGGGGAUGAGGGGGAUCCCAUGAAAUGGCAAUUUGGGAUAUCUUUAAAGUAUAAUGACACAUAUAUCAGCGAAGGUUGUAGAAAUUGUGAAGAUAGUGGGGGCUUGUGUGGAUUUUCUGGUUUGGAUGAGUCCUUUGCUUGCAUUUGCCAUAAUGGUUUGAACACCACCACCAAUUGUUUUGGGCGAGGAUAUGCUUGGAGCGGGAGCUGGGGACCCAGAAUUGAAACCAUUAUUAGUCUUGGAGGUUUUUUACUCUUCUGGAUGAUGCUCUUCCUUUGAAGCUGAUUAUAGCUUGUUGUUCGGUUAAACAAGAUCCGAAUUGAACAGUUCAUGAUAUUGAGGGAAGGCUUUUUCCCAUCUAAACGAAAAUCGUGGUGGUGUUCUCUUUGAUGUCUACUUGAUUUUUCAACUCAUUGUUUGUCAUACCAUUUUAUGGGAGCAUAUAAUCGAGAUUAAACCAGCGUCUUUAAUAAGAAAUGACGUUGAG